AUGACACUCGAAAGCGAGAUCAACUCGCUUCUACAAGAUGCAACCGAAGCCAAGCGUGUCCCCGGCAUAGCAGCCAUUGCACUGGACAAGCAGGGCAACGUGCUGUACAAAGGCGCAUAUGGCUCCGCCAGGGACAUCAACGACGCGUCCACCCCGAACAUGACAACAUCGACGCCUAUCCUCGCAUGGUCGUUGACGAAACUCGUGACUUCGAUUGCGGCGUUACAACUCCUGGAGACUGGACAGCUCUCCAGCCUCGACGACCCUGUCGAGAAAUACGUGGCUCACUUCGCGGAAAUCCAGGCCCUCGACGGCUGGACCAGUGACGGCGAGCCCAUCUGCCGUGCGCCGAGAACCAAAGUGACGGUCCGACAUCUCCUGACGCACACGUCCGGGCUAGGCUAUGAUUUCCUCAACGAGGAUGUGAAGAAGUGGUAUGCCUGGCGGGAGCGGACGCAGGGGAUCAAGCGCACAGGACGCAAGGUUGACGAUUUCAAGGCGCCGUUUACCUUCGAAGCCGGCACCAAGUGGGAGUAUGGCAUGAACACUGACUGGGUCGGACUGGUUGUCCAAGCGAUCACGGGUCUGGAUCUCGACGAUUACUUCCUGAAGAAUAUCUUCCAGCCACUCGGUCUGACUAAGACGGGCGGGGACUGGAGGGUCGGUGCUGCUGAGACGGUGAAUCAUUUCCGCGGAGCGGAUGGAUCGCUGAGCCCUAUCCCGCCACAGCCGAAGGAGGAAUCCUCGCCGGGUGACUUCCGCAGUCCUGGUGGCCAUUAUCUGGUUUCGACGGCGGAGGAGUACGCGCAGAUCCUGCUGGUGGUACUCAACGGCGGAACUCACCCAACGAGCAACGUGCAGAUCUUAAAACCCGAGACCGUGCAGGAGUAUCUCUACACAGACCAGAUACCUCAGAUCAUCGGUCCAGAAGGGUCGAAGUACGUAGGGGUCAUCAAGACCACGAUCCCAUCGAUCUCCGAUAGCGGCGAACUGCUCCCUGGUGUGCGCAAAGGCUGGACGGCGGGAUUGAUGUACAACAUUGACGACAACCCUGGUGGGCGGAAAGCAGGCAGUGGUGCUUGGGCCGGCCUCAGCAAUCACUACUACUGGGUAGACCCGGCAAGUGGUAAGCUCGGUCUCGUCAUGACGAGCAUCUUCCCAUUCAUGGAUAAAGAGGUACUCAAUCUCUUUGAUCGAUUUGAGAAGGUCGUUUACAAGUCUUGA